AUGGUAAUAUUUUCUUUAGAAAAGCCAUUCUUUUUGAUCUUUGAAUUACUGCAGCUCUUUUUAUUAUAUAUUACCUCUUAUAUUAAUUCUUACUCCAAGAUAUCUGAAACUCUGAAUCAUAUAAUUAACAUACACUAAAUUAGGCAACAAAGUAAGUUCAAGAAAUGAAUGCAGAUUUUCGCGGAACUGAUUUAUUAGAAGCAUUGAUCUAAGUCAUUUAUAAUCAAAAUUAUUAAAAUGCAAAUAUCAUUCACAAAACUUUAAAUGCUUUUUACUGACAGAUGGAGAGGAUUUUCUUAAAAAAUAAUUAAGUUAGUAUAAACAAAACGAAGACAUGAAACUAGAAAUUAAUCAUUGCAGUGAGUAUUUAGUCAAAAGAUUAGCUGAAGUUGGAAAUGGAGAAUAUUAAUUAGUAGGAUAUAAUGAAGAUAUUAAUUAUAAAGUUAUAGUUUGUCAGAGGUUUCCCUAAACAUUUAUUUAAAGUGAUUUUCAUUAAUACAUAAUAUUGAAAAAAUUUCAUAGAUUAUUUUUGAUCCAAAAUCAAUAACUUAAUUAAAGAAAAGUUAAGAGCUAACUUUAUAAAUUUUAUUUUCAAAGAAGGAAAAUUUAGAAUUCAAAAUUAAUUGUUUUGACCUAAUACUCUAUUACCUCUGUUAUUAUAACUAUAAGUAUCGUUAGAAUCUAAUUCAUUUGA